ACUAGUCUACAUGUACCUUGUUUGCAAAGCAGACAGAAGAGUCUACAGCACCUGAAGCAGUGCUUUCUGACUGUAGAGCUUGAGAAAUUCCGGACCACGAUUAUAAUGACAACUGUCGGGCCGUGUAAAAUGAUGCUAAUCAAGAUUACUGUUGGCAUCGGUUUUCUUAUGUCAGUAAUACUGCAAUGUUCAGCUCAGAGCACGAACACAACAACAUCAAAUUCCGCUGUCAUCACAGUAACAAACUCUACGAUGGUCAACUCUACACAAAAGAGCACACCCCGCUUCAUCACGAUCAACACUUCCAUCAGUAACUGGGCGAAGGCUGGCAUCGCAGUCGGCCUGACGCUUGGCGUGGUGCUGGUUGCCGGGAUAGUAGCUGCCAGCUGUCACUGCUGGUUACGAAACCAAAAAGGAAGCGACUUGAUACCAGAUAAAGAAGAAGACAUAGAAGAAGAGGUUCGUCUUGCUGAAUGAAAGUGGCAACAUUUCGUCUUCAGGUGCAGCUAUAACGCAGCUAAAUAAGGCCAUGUAGCUAUGUAUAUAAAACGAACAAAGUAGUAUUGUUACCAUAACAUUUUACCCACGUUUUGAAUGUAUACCUGUCAUGGCUGGCUUGCCAAUACAUUACGUUUCUAAACAACGGUUUCUGCUACUGUGUAAAUAGUAGUAGUGUAUACUAAACAAGUACUAGUAUUAGUAAUCAGAAUUGAGGUAUAGCAAUACAUUUAUCGAGAGAUAUAUUUUUGCACUCCAUUAGUGGAUAACAUUUUGGAGAUAACAGGGUUAUGCAGUACCUCUUGUGAUCACUAGAUGUUGCUGCAUACACUAGCCUUGAGCAUGAGGUACAAAUGUUAGAACAAAACAAGAAUCUAGGCUUCGAUACGCAAUAUUCAUGCAUUAUGUUUACAUGUAGAUAAUGGUUAUAAGACGCGUUUGGUAAAUUUCGCAAUUUUUUCAUGAAUAAUUUUCUAAAUAUCUCUAAAUAAAAAUAAAGUAGACAAUGUGUGUCUAAAUGUUCCAUUAUUUUAUAACACACAUUACGCUAUUGAUCUUGUAAUAAUCAUUCUUUAAACUAUAACGUGUAUUUGUAACUCAAAAUCUGAUAAAAAAACAUAUGUCCAGGAAACAG